AUGGCGUCAAUCAUCUGGACUUUAUUUUCGGUCGAUGAUAUCAAAGUCGAACAUCACCCCAAUAGCGGGAUCCCAACAAAAGUUCACAUGUUCAGUGAUUUCAAGUGCCAUCCAGCCCAUUACUCCUCAUGGUCCGCUCCUGAACCUGAUGCCCAACCUUGGCAUCCCUUCAAGUCUUGUUUGGAAUUUGAUAUUGCUGAAAUCGCCCUUGAAGCAGCCCUCAAUAAUGCUCAGACUGAUCAUCUCCUUGACAUCUGCCACUGUUGUGUGCGGCAGUCAGAGAAAUUCACUUUCCAGAACCAUAAGGAUGUCUGUGCUAAGUGGGAUGCGGCCUCUCAGCGUUUUACAAAAGAUGUGGUUUCAAUACCCUUUGCUGAUGCAUCUUGGGACUUUGAUGUCUACUAUCGUGAUCUUUGGGAGUGGGCCACCGACCUCCUCCACGAUCCUUAUCUAUUUCCUCACUUUCAUUUCGAUGCUCAACGCUUGUCAAAAUUCAAUGGCCGGUCAUUUGAACACUUUGUAGAUGAGCCCUUUAUGGCUCAAAACUUCUGGGAUGCUCAAUCACAACUGCCGCCUGAUGCAAAGCCCCUCGUGUUCAUCUUGUAUGCUGACAAGACGAAGUUAUCAAGUUUUGGUACUGUGAAAGGCUACCCUGUCGUUGUGCAAUUAGCCAACUUACCCACUGACAUUCGCAAUGUCAGGGGACAGGUGGUGAAGGAAGAUAAGCAACACUCUGGCAAGCCAGCAUGGGCCAACUUCAAGGCCACGGUAUGGCACAAGUGCUUUGAAAGGAUCCUCUCUUUGCUAGCGGCAAAAUCCAAUACAGGACAAUGGCUCGAGUGUUUAGAUAGGCUUCAGCACUGUUUUUUCCCCUUAAUACUAAUCUUAUUGUCCGAUUUUGAGGAGAAGUCUACAAUGUCACUCGCUCAAGGUGUCAGGGCCCUUUGGCCAUGCCCCAUCUGUUUGGCUAUCCUAGCAACUGCACGAGCAAAGGAAACUGCAGAAGAGAGGGAGGAGAUACUAAAAGAGUACAGACUUCGUGAUAUCCUGAAUGCAUUGUGGACAAUGAAGUCCACAGAUGUGCAUUGUGCACUAUCAUGGGACAAACUGCACUUUCACUCUGGUGGUGAAUGGUCGGAUCACUUGUGGGUCGAGCUUCAGAAACAUAUCAGUAGUCUUGGAUGCGACAAAAUCUCUCAAGUAGAUAAGAACUAUCAAGCUUUUCCUCGUUGGCGAGAUCAGAAGCACCCAAACCAAGUAAUGAACAUUGCAUUUACGGACAACUCCAUGCAUGAAGACAUUUCAAAGAUGAUCAUAUAUGCUACUCAUGACAUUCUACCCGAGCAGGACUGUCCUCUCAGUUAUUUACUCCUUCAUUGUGUCUGUCUUUACCUCGAACUCGAUAUGUAUGCCUCGCUUGAAGUUCAUACAGCCGAAACUAUCAGCAGUGGCCAUCAUACGCACCGCAUGUUUUCGGCCAUUUUGCAUGUAUGUUUCAUCAAAGGAGCGAUGUGGAACUACAAUACAAAGCCGAAUGAGAAGAUGCACAGCUCAUUGAAGGAUUCAUAUUUGCUGCGGACCAACUUUCAUGAUGUAGCAGAGCAGAUCCUUCGAAUCAAUCAGUGGCAAGUCAUUGCGGAUCAUAUCUGUCAUCGCUUGUUUGAAUUUGACGAGCAUCAACGUCAAUUACAUGCAGAUGACUUGCUGGAGUCGGAAGAAGACUUCAUCGUGCAUGUUGUUGAGCGCCCUAUUUCAACUAACAGUUCCUUUCAUGUCAAGCUUGGAUCGAAACAACCUUUGGAGACCUUUGAUGCGAUUGAGAAACUUCAUCAGGACGACCAAGCAUUUCAUAAUUUUCAUAUCAAUCUCAAUGAAUUUCUUAACAUUCUAUUACCCUCAUCGGAUAUACCGCUACCUGAAGGAAACAAUAAGAUUACAGAGUACCGAUUUCUUUGUGUCAACUAUGAAUCGAUGGUCAACUGGUGCCAACACACAGAUUAUCUUCGGUGCAAUCCCCUUUUCUUUGGUUCUCCAUGCUUUGACUGUGUCUUCAUUCAGCAGACAGAAGAUAAAGUCAUUCUUGGCCGGCUACUCUUCCUUUUUGAAUGUCUGAUUGGGGACCGCAAUUUUCCCCUUGCUCUUAUUCACCCUUUUGAUGCUCCCACCGAGGCACAGUUUUUUUCAGUCAGAUCAAUCAUACGUGGAGCACUUCUGGUACCAGAUGGACCUUUAGAUUACCUUGUAGUUGAUACUGUGGAUACUGACAUGUUUCUUUGCAUGAAGAUGAUGCAUUUGGAGGCAGGGCACAUUGUGCGUGUUUGA